AUGGAGCUAAUGAACAAAUAUCCAGAGAUUCAAGGGUAUUGUGAUUAUGUAUUAUAUUCAACUAAGGAAUGUUGGGCUCAUGCAUUCACAAAGCAAAAAUUUUUGGCCAAUACACAUUCAACACAACAUGUUGAAAGUAUAAAUCAUGUUAUUAAAUUAGAAGCUAACUCUGGAAAUUCCUUAUAUCAACCACAAAGCAAUAUUGAAUUGCAAUUAAAAGAUGAAGCAAAAUAUACAAGACUGCAAGAAUUUUGGAAUAUGAAUCUAACAGCCAGUCUUCCUAAUGUUUCCAAUAUGAUCUUUAAAAGUAUUGAUGACAUGUGUAAAAAGUAUCUCACACAAAAUUUAUUGGCAUUGCAACGAAAGCAAAUAUUAGAAAGACAAGAAAUUAAUAAUCGAGAUGCUAUAAAGUCGAAUUCAAAAAAAGCUACUUAUAGUCAUAGUCUUGGACUUUGUAAGAAAACUUUAAAUAUAGCAAUGAUGAGCAGCUCAAAUGGGGUUUUGGAAGAAUUUAUGAUUUCAAAUCCAAUUCAAUAUAAAGGUAAAGGUUGUCCUUCAAGCAAAAGAUAUUUGUCAGCUAUUGAGAAUUAUAACACCAAGAAUGCUUGUUCAAAUAAUCAAAAUGAAACAAU